AAAUUCUCAACUACACGGCAGUAAAAUUUACGGGAAAUUUUUUGAAAACAAAAAAUUUAAAUUUUUAAACUAAAGAAAUUUUAUUUAAAAAUUUAAACUUAAAACAGUGGCUGCAAUAAUAAUAAUAAACGUAAUCUAUGUUUUGAAAACACACCCUUAUGUAGUUUUUUUAUUUGUUUUUUAUCUGGCGAUUGCUAAAAAUGCACUCGCCUGUAACUUUAAUUGUAACACAUAACUGAUAUAUUAUAGGCUGUAUAAAUAUUUGAUCAAAGAUAAAACUCUUCCACUGGGUAUUUUUUAAUAUUUUAUAUUUAUUGUAUUUAAAAAUCCAUUCAUAAUUACCAGGUAAUCUGAUACAUUUGAAAGCUAGUCUGCAGCAGAGGAUUAUCAAGAUACUAUGAUGUUCCUUCAAUGACAGCAAGUAAAUGGGGGUCGCUAUCAAAGCCAAUAGCUACAAAAGAUGGACAAAGUACGAUUGCUGCCGUCGUCUCCGCUGCAGCAGGUGUAUAUAAGUACCAACAAUAAUAGUAAUGGAAGACGAAUGUCAUUCAUUCGUCGACUUGGAGUCGGAUGUAUCAUCCUAGCAGCCCUUGGUCUUCUAUACGUUCCCGCUUAUCACUCGGCACAAGGUCCGCUCUUUGGAAUAGUACAAAUAUCGGGAUGGACGUUUAAUACUUCUAGGGAUGUAAAUUUGUAUAUAAACCCAGACAACAAUACGGCGAUAACGAGUCCGGAGUUGGCCUGCGGGAGCUCGCCGCCGUAUCUCCUGAUAAUCGUUUGCUCGGCGGUGGGCAACCAGAAGGCGAGAACGGCCAUCAGGAGCACCUGGGGCAGCGAACAGAACUUGUAUUACCUGUCGACGUCGUCUUCAGCGAACACGACUGUCAAAGUGGUUUUCCUCCUGGGGGAAAGCACCAACGACACCCUCAAUGCCCAGAUACUGGACGAAAAUUACGAGUACGGAGACAUAAUUCAGGAAAAAUUCAUCGACACUUACAAUAAUUUGACUCUGAAGUCGGUGAUGAUGCUGAAGUGGGUCACCACGACCUGCCCACAGGCGACCUAUCUCAUGAAAACUGAUGACGACAUGUAUGUUAAUGUUCCGGGGUUAGUUAAAGUCAUCAAGUCGAGGCCUACUAGCGCUGGGACGUUAAUGGGGUCACUUAUUUGCAAUGCCCGUCCAAUAUCUGAUCCUAAAAAUAAGUGGUACACUCCGAAGUACAUGUUUUCAGAAAAAACAUAUCCAAAUUAUUUAUCAGGUACCGGUUACGUUAUGAGUUUAGACGUCGCAUCAAAAUUAUACGCGACCGCGUUGAAAACUCCUCUGUUGCAUUUAGAAGACGUUUAUUUGACGGGUUUAUGCGCGAAAAAGGCUAAACUGCGGCCCGUAAAUAAUCCUGGGUUCAGUUACAUACCGCGUAAAUUUGAUUACUGUGUACUUAAAAAUUCAAUUACCGCGCACAAAGUCGACUCUUCCGGUAUGUACGAAAUUUGGAACAAGUUACAAAGUUCAAAUGUCACCUGUCCUAGUUCCACCGCUACCAGUGAUAAUAGUAAUAAAAAAUCAUCCUCGAUAUUGACCAGACAUGGCAGACAUAUUAAUUAUUACUUAAUGAAAAAACGUAUCAACAACAGGUGCAGCUGAAAAACCAAAUAAAUUAUUUUAUAAUUUUUUAAUGUACAUAACAAUUCUCCGAACCGGCAGCUAUUCUUUCGAUUGGGUACAAAUUAAUAUUUUUAUCAAUAAGUCUGUUACAUAAUUGUGUAUAUUAUAUAUAUUUAUAUAUAUAUUAGACUGGGCCAAAAAAAUCGACUAUUUUUUUUUUUUUAACGAUACUGUGGAAAUAUUAUUUGGGAUGACAAAAAAAAAUUAUUGUGAGAAUUUGAUCCCUUAAUUUUGAUAUUAAGAGGUGUAUCAUCGCAAUUUUUGAUUUUUUUUUAAUGAGCGGGUUUUUCGCUCGUAACUCUUAAACCAUCGAGAUAAUCAAAAUUGACUUGGAUACAUUUUUUGAAGGAAAUUUGAUGCUCUACAAAAAAGGUCUGAUUGAAAUUUUUCGUCAGAUGAACCGUUUCUUUGUAAUCACGCUUUGAACGUUGGUAUGAUUUUAAAAUUUGAUUGUUAAACUUUGGAAUUUUGUCAUUCAUGUAAAAAUAAGUUUCCGGAAAAAGAUGAUGAAUAUUCUUGAAGGAAAUUGAAUGCUCUACAAAAAAAGUCUCUUAACAAUUUUCGCUAAAUUCACUCCUUCAAAAGUUAUUCAAGAUUAUUGAAGUCGUUUUACAUAACUUCAACCUUGAAUAACUUUUGAAGGAGUGAAUUUAGCGAAAAUUGUUAAGAGACUUUUUUUGUAGAGCAUUCAAUUUCCUUCAAGAAUAUUCAUCAUCUUUUUCCGGAAACUUAUUUUUACAUGAAUGACAAAAUUCCAAAGUUGAACAAUCAAAUUUUAAAAUCAUACCAACGUUCAAAGCACGAUUAUAAGGAAACGGUUCAUCUGACGAAAAAUUUCAAUCAGACCUUUUUUGUAGAGCAUCAAAUUUCCUUCAAAAAAUGUAUCCGAGUCGAUUUCGUUUA